AAGCCCAUUACACUUGCACACAGCCCCUGCCGUUUCUCCACCCAACUCCUCUCUCUCUCUCUUUCUCUCUGCCUGUACAGCUUCGCCAGUGUUGAUCGAUAAUAAGAUCAGAAGAGAUCGAUCCUUAUUUCUUCAAAAGAUAAACGAUCUAUUCAGAUACUUUUGGUUUUCUCGUCUUCUCUGAGUAUAUACGUACAUAUCUACUGGAUUCGAUCUGGUCCGACUCGUUCGAUUCAUCUGGAAUUUCUCAAAAUCGUUGCGAAUCAGCGGUUCAGAUGGCGUCAACAGCGAUCGCGAAUCCAGUAGCGAACUCAAACAGAGCUUCGACGAGGAAGAAGAAGAAAAGCCAAAAUUUAAGAAACCAAACUCAAAACCCUGACAACACCACCACCACCACAACUCAAUGGAAAUCCGAAGCUCAACAACAAGUUUACUCUUCCAAACUCCUCCAAGCUCUACGCAAUGUCCGUGUCUCAUCCUCUCCUUCAGCUCCGAAACGCGGCCGAGCAGUCCGCGAAGCUGCAGAUAGAGUUCUGGCCGUGACAGCUAAAGGAAGGACCAGGUGGAGCAGAGCGAUACUGACAAAUCGGCUUAAGUUGAAAUUUUUAAAGAAUCACAAGAGGCAGAGAGUGGUGGUCACCGGGAACGGCCGGCCAGCGAAGAAGCCGAGAGUGAGUAUUUUGAGGUUGAAAACGAAGAAUUUACCGGCGGUUCAAAGGAAGGCUCGUGUUCUUAGCAGGUUAGUUCCCGGCUGCCGGAAACAACCGUUGCCGGUGAUUCUUGAAGAAGCCACUGAUUAUAUUGCUGCUCUGGAAAUGCAAGUUAAAGCCAUGUCUACUCUAGCCGAGCUACUUUCUGGCUCUGGCUCUAACGCCACUCCUCCUAAUCAGCUCGGCGCAAGCCGGCCUUCUCCCA